AUGCAGCCAGGGAGUCCAGAACUCGUGCCACCACUCGUUCCACCAGAUCAACUGGUCACCGGGAUGAGGAGCAUUGACGCCCGGGUAGAAAACGGGCGCGUCCCAGUCGAGAUCACGGCUGUCCAUCUCACUCUCAAUGAGGUAGUCGAUAGGGAUCAAGGACCGAAUCUCGCCCUUGAACUCCAGGUCAUUGUACAAGACCUGGGCGGCCUGGAAACUCGACUUCGGGUGGCGGGUAAGCUUAGACCAGAACUCCACGCGGAGUUCACCGACUGUGUUGACGUCAAAUGCGCCAUGGAUAGGCGGGUCGUGGUUGUUGAACUCUUGCGCGGUCAUCGUGCGCACGGCGUAGGGCAGGAACUGCUGCCACUCGUUGGGGGCGUCGUUGAUCAGGUAGUGCCUUUUGAGGGUGGCUUGCCAGGGUGGGUUCCGUCGAAUGAUCAGGGUUCCAAGGACCUUCAUGAUUCUGACUGCGAGGCGCAGGUCCUUGUUUGGCCACAGCUGCUUGUGCUUGAUGAUCCACAUGCGCAUAAAAUUGUCCGGGAUCUCCAUAAUGUGCCACAUCUUGAGCAGCACGCGAAGCCCUCGAGAAGGCAGGAGGUUCUCAACUCGCCAGACAAUCCAGCUGAGUUUCGGCUCAAGGCGCAUGACCAUGCCAUCAGGAGCAAUAUUCACGGUUGCAGGCCAGUGAAGCUUGAUACCUGUGCGGAGGCUCACGAAAUUCUGGUAGGGAAACAGUCGCUCCACAAAACGAUCAUGAGCAGGCAAAUAGUUGUGCAGAAUCUGCGGCACGGCGUACAAGAUCAGUCGGUCGAUUGUCUUGUGAAUACCUUGAAGCUGGAAGAUAUCAAACAUAUUAAGGUAAUCGACCACCUCGGUGAAAAUCUCCGGGUAGUGUGUAAGAGCCCUAGCCAGGCUGAAUGGUUGAAGGAAAUCGGGUUCAAUGUCCGAGACAGAAACCUGGGAAUCCCCAAAGACGGAGCAUCUGCCGCGACCGCUAGAAUUAGACUUCAAUUCCUCGGUAUCAGUAUCACUGAAGAUAGCCGCGAGCUCAGCGUUUGCAAGACGCUCAUCAUUUGGAUUGUUGAAAAUUGGCUGCUGCGGAGAACCGGGUUUGAUUAG